GAUUAAAACCUCAUGCUUACACCAACCAGGGCAAGGGACCUGCCAGGAGGGGGGAGUCUGCAAAUCUUACUUACCAAAAUGCCGCAGACAAGCUUACCAUAGCGCCGAUAGGCAAGCCCACCCUUGGCACUGUGAUAAAUAAGACCAGAUACUUUCUAACUACUUACCUCUUUGAAGGAAACCCUUCAGAAACGAAAAGGUUAAAUAG